AGCAGGAUUAGUGCUCAUAGUUGCUGCACCAAAACCGAAUCAAAUGAAAGCAGUAGUUAUAUUUACGUGCCUUUUGGCUGUGGCACUAGCCGAGGAGAGUGCCCCAAAGUGCGAUGAGUCUCCAACUACGGCGAGCGGAAGUCAAGCACGUGCUGGCCCAUACUGUUCUGGAGAUCUCAUCUUCGAGGAUAACUUCGAUUAUUUGGAUUUAGAAAAGUGGGAACAUGAGAAUACCCUUGCUGGUGGUGGAAACUGGGAAUUCCAAUGGUACACGAAUCAUCGAUCAAACUCGUACUGCGAAAAUGGUAUUUUCUAUAUUCGUCCAACUUUAGUGGCUGAUGAUACUGGAGAAGCCUUCCUUUCCAGUGGAACGUUGAACAUUCACGGAGCUCAACCUGCCGAUGUGUGCACUGGUCCAUUCUUUUAUGGUUGUGAACGUGCCGGAAAUGCCGCAAACUACGUCAACCCGAUCAAGAGCGCUCGAGUGCGAACAGUGGAAUCGUUCAACUUCAAAUUUGGUCGCUUGGAAAUAAAAGCAAAGAUCCCAACUGGUGACUGGUUAUGGCCAGCACUAUGGCUCUUGCCAAAACGACAAUCUUAUGGAUCGUGGCCCGCCUCUGGAGAAAUUGAUGUGAUGGAGUCCCGUGGUAAUUUGGACUACCGCAACGGAGGUGAGCAUAUUGGCGUAGAACAAGUAGGAUCAACCCUACACUUUGGACCAAAUCCGAGCAUGAAUGGUUGGGACACAACUUCGGCUAGUCUGAACACCGGUGCUGGUCAAGGCUUCAAUAACGGAUUCCAUUUGUAUCAAUUGGAAUGGGCACCUGAUCACAUUACGUUCAGCGUAGAUAACCAAGUGCUGCGACGUAUUGAUGCAGGAUCUGGAUUUUGGGAAAGGGGUGGCUUCGUCACUUCAUCUCCAGCCUCUGAGAACCCAUGGAUGCAUGCUACUCCGAUGGCUCCGUUUGAUCAAGAGUUCUACAUUCUCAUGAAUUUGGCCGUUGGAGGUGUGAAUGGUUACUUCCCCGAUGUUCCGCCAGCGACCAAUGGUGCCCGUGGCAAACCAUGGUUAAACACCUCACCAACUGCAGCUCGCGAUUUCUGGAAUGGAAGGAACUUGUGGCUCCCAUCUUGGCGCAUGGAUGAAAACAGAGGCAAGGAAUCUUCCUUCCAAAUUGAUUACGUGAGAGUUUGGGCUUUGUAAAUUUUUGGAAUAAAUUUA